UUAAUCACAUCCGCCAAAGAAGAGGCGCAUCUCAUAAACACAACGACUAAACCAAUUGUGAAACUAUUGAUUAAUCGACACAACAAUAAGUAUUCCUAUACCAGUACUUCGGACGAUAACCUUCUCAAGAACUUAGAGCUAUUCGACAAACUGUCGCUCCGAUUCAGUGGUCGCGUCCUAUUUAUCAAAGACGUGAUCGGAAGCAAUGAGAUCUGUUGCUGGAGUUUCUACGGUCACGGCAAGAAAGUGGCCGAAGUUUGUUGCACUUCCAUUGUAUACGCGACCGAUAAAAAGCACACAAAGGUGGAGUUUCCCGAAGCGCGCAUAUAUGAGGAGACGCUGAAUAUAUUGCUGUACGAGAACAGGACGGGUCCAGACAUGGAGCUGAUGCAGGCGACCAGCACUAGGGGUGCCGUCUCUAUGACUUCGCAUAAUAGCGAC